AUGGCGGAACCAACAGAAAAGGAAAUCUCUGUCCCAUCGCCCGGAAAGGCCGCCAUCCCCGUCCUCCUCACCUUCCCUCCCGAAGGCGUCAAGCAUUCGGGCUUUGCGCUUCUCCUUGGACCCGGCGCAGGCGGCGACGAGAAGACAGCCCUGUUGACGGCUGUCGCGAACGAGGUCGCAAGACAAGGUCAUUUCUGCGCGCGAUACCGCGCCAAAGUGCCCAACCUUGUCGCAGGAACAGUUGCCGCCCAGUUGUUGGCAGGAGGGGCUACAGAAUCUGAACCAGUAUCUGCCAAAAAGGCACCAGCAACAAAGGGAAAGAAAGCAGCAGCAGCAGCACCCGCCAAGAAGGCAGCUUCAUCAACAACUACUUCAAACGAUAGCGACUUCCCCACAGAUUUCAUCCCCGGCCUAGUCCUCUUCUCCUACCCACUCCACACCGCCGACAAUACUAAGGCUCUCCGUGACCAGAUUCUACUCGAUAUCCCAUCCACCACUGCAACGCUCUUUGUCUCUGGACUCAAGGACAAUAUGUGUCAACCCAGUAUCUUUGCGAAGGUCUUCAAGGAGAUGAAGUCGACGCCCAGGGAGGUCGUCCAGGUGACUGACGCAGAUCAUGGGUUGGGUUUUGGGUCCUCGAAACCGGGUCAGGCCAAGAAGGAGGCGCUGGCAGAGACGAUUUCUGAAUGGACGGUUGCAUUUAUGGAUGAGGCGAUUGCUCAAAAGGGCGGCGAGGAGGGUGGUAAUGGUAAGAAGAAGGCGGCAACGGGUAUGGCGAUUAAGAAGAAGGCAGAGUUGAAGAAGGAAGCUGAUGAAUGGACUGUCGCUGUGUCCACUGUAGCGUAG